UCCUCACUUUUCCCUGCACCCUCUUCACCAUGCUCUCUCGGUCUGCAGGCUUCGCUGCCGCCAACCUGGCACGCACUGCCGGCUCAACGGCUGCUCGUCGCGUUGCGCUCCCCGCCGUCGCUUCGUCGGUCCGCACCUACGCUACCGCCAAGCCCGCCGCCUCUGAGGUCAGCUCGAUCCUGGAGCAGCGGAUCUCGGGCUCGUCGGGUGGUGGUGACGUUCAGGAGACUGGUCGCGUCCUGACCAUCGGUGACGGUAUCGCUCGUGUCUACGGUCUCCGGAAUGUCCAGGCCGAGGAGAUGGUCGAGUUCGCGUCGGGUGUCCGUGGCAUGUGCCUCAACCUCGAGGCCGACAACGUCGGUGUCUCGAUUCUCGGCUCGGACCGUGCCAUUCGUGAGGGUGACACUGUCAAGCGUACCGGUCAGAUUGUCGACGUGCCCGUCGGCAUGGGCCUCUUGGGCCGUGUCGUCGACGCCCUCGGCAACCCCAUCGACGGCAAGGGACCCAUUGAUGCCAAGGAGCGCCGCCGUGCCUCGCUCAAGGCCCCUGGUAUCCUUCCCCGUCAGUCGGUCAACCAGCCCAUGCAGACUGGUAUCAAGCCCAUCGACGCCAUGGUCCCCAUCGGCCGAGGACAGCGUGAGCUUGUCAUUGGUGACCGUCAGACUGGUAAGACGGCCGUCUGCGUCGACACGAUCCUCAACCAGAAGAGGUGGAACGACGGCAACGACGAGGACAAGAAGCUUUACUGCAUCUACGUCGCCGUUGGCCAGAAGCGUUCGACGGUUGCCCAGCUCGUCAAGAUUCUCGAGGGCAACGACUCGAUGAAGUACACGACCAUUGUCGCUGCCACCGCCUCGGAGGCUGCUCCCCUCCAGUACCUCGCUCCCUUCUCGGGAUGCGCCAUCGGCGAGUGGUUCCGUGACAACGGCAAGCACGCUCUCAUCAUCUACGAUGACCUGUCGAAGCAGGCCGUUGCCUACCGUCAGAUGUCGCUGCUCCUUCGUCGUCCCCCCGGUCGUGAGGCCUACCCCGGUGACGUCUUCUACCUCCACUCUCGUCUCCUCGAGCGUGCGGCCAAGAUGAACAAGACCCACGGUGGCGGUUCGCUCACCGCCCUGCCCAUCAUUGAGACCCAGGGUGGUGACGUGUCGGCCUUCAUUCCCACCAACGUCAUUUCCAUUACCGACGGCCAGGUCUUCCUCGAGUCGGAGCUCUUCUUCAAGGGUAUCCGUCCCGCCGUCAACGUCGGUCUCUCGGUCUCGCGUGUCGGCUCGGCUGCCCAGUCGAAGGUCUACAAGGCCGUUGCCGGUUCGCUCAAGCUCUACCUCGCCCAGUACCGUGAGCUUGCCGCCUUCGCCCAGUUCGGCUCGGACUUGGACCCGGCCACCAAGUCGGUCCUUGACCGUGGUACGCGUCUCACUGAGCUCCUCAAGCAGGGCCAGUACCAGCCCCUCGCCACCGAGGUCCAAAUCCCCAUCAUCUUCGCCGGUAUCAAGGGUUUCCUUGACCGCGUCCCUGCCGACCGCAUCGUCGAGUGGGAGGAGUCUUUCCGAAAGCAGAUCUCGACUGACGACUCGCUCCUCUCGGAAAUCGCCAAGGCUGGCGGCCUCACCAAGGAGCUCGAGGAGAAGCUCUCCAAGACCGUCACUGACCACGUCGACGGCUUCCUGUCGGGUUAAAGUAAUUGACGCAAAGGAAGGAAAGGUCUCUCUCUCCAUACAAGACGGAUCUCAUACAUAAAUAAAAUGACAAACGAUACGUUCUCUACUUGUUAUGAUGGUCAUUGUCCUGUCUUUGCCAAGGCUUGAAUAGAUUGCAGGUAAAUCAAGUGCCGCUAUAGUUGAGACGGACGCCGACAACAAUGCCAAAUGACGCUACAACGAGGG